AUGGUGGCCCUCUCAUUAAAGAUUGGUGUGGGGAAUGUAGUGAAAACGAUGCAGUUUGAGCCCUCCACCAUGGUCUACGAUGCCUGUCGCAUCAUCAGGGAGAGAGUCCCAGAGGCACAGCUUGGCCAGCCAAAUGACUACGGACUGUUUUUGUCUGAUGAAGAUCCAAAGAAAGGCAUCUGGUUGGAGGCUGGAAAGGCUCUGGACUACUACAUGUUAAGGAAUGGGGACACUCUGGAAUACAAGAAGAAGCAGAGGCCACUGAAGAUCCGCAUGUUGGAUGGGACAGUGAAGACUGUAAUGGUGGAUGACUCCAAGAUUGUCAGUGACAUGCUGAUGACCAUAUGUGCUAGAAUAGGUAUUACAAACUAUGAUGAAUAUUCACUGGUGCGAGACAUUGGUGAAGAGAAGAAGGAGGAAACCACAGGAACCCUGAAAAGAGACAAAACCCUUUUAAGAGAUGACAAGAAAAUGGAAAAGCUGAAGCAGAAACUCCACACAGACGAUGAGUUGAACUGGUUGGACCAUGGACGGACACUGAGGGAACAGGGCGUGGAGGAGACAGAGAUGUUGCUGCUGCGAAGAAAAUUCUUCUACUCAGACCAAAAUGUGGAUUCCAGAGAUCCUGUCCAGCUCAACCUGCUUUAUGUGCAGGCCCGCGAUGACAUCUUGAAUGGAUCUCAUCCAGUCUCCUUUGAUAAGGCCUGCGAGUUUGCAGGCUAUCAGUGUCAGAUUCAAUUUGGGGAUCACAACGAGUCCAAACACAAGUCUGGCUUUUUAGAUUUAAAAGAGUUCCUUCCCAAAGAAUACAUCAAGAACAAAGGAGAGAAAAAGAUCUUCCAGGCACACAAAAAUUGUCAAAACAUGACAGAGAUUGAGGCUAAAGUCAACUAUGUGAAGCUGGCCAGGUCCCUAAAAACGUAUGGUGUGUCAUUCUUUCUGGUCAAGGAGAAAAUGAAGGGUAAGAACAAACUGGUGCCUCGACUUCUGGGUAUAACCAAAGAGAGCGUGAUGAGGGUUGAUGAGAAGACCAAGGAGGUGAUCCAGGAGUGGAACCUGACCAACAUUAAACGUUGGGCUGCCUCACCAAAGAGCUUCACCCUGGACUUUGGAGAUUACCAGGACGGUUACUAUUCUGUGCAGACCACUGAGGGAGAGCAGAUAGCUCAGCUUAUUGCUGGUUACAUCGACAUCAUCCUUAAAAAGAAAAAGAGCAAAGACCACUUUGGCUUGGAGGGAGAUGAAGAGUCAACCAUGCUAGAAGACUCUGUGUCACCCAAAAAGUCCACGGUGUUGCAGCAGCAGUUCAACAGGGUCGGCAAAGUGGAGACAGGCUCAGUGGCCCUGCCAGCCAUCAUGCGCUCAGGAGCUGGUGGACCAGAGAGCUUCCAGAUGGGUUCCAUGCCUCAAGCUAAGCAGCACAUAACCAGUGGACAGAUGCACAGAGGACAUAUGCCUCCACUGACUUCAGCACAGCAAGCCCUGACUGGAACCAUUAACUCCAGUAUGCACGCUGUCCAGGCUGCCCAAGCUUCACUGGAUGAUUUUGAUACUCUGCCUCCAUUAGGAACAGAUGCAGCAUCUCAAGCUUGGCGCAAAAACAAGAUGGAUGAGUCCAAACAUGAAAUCCAUUCACAGGUGGAUGCCAUUACAGCAGGCACAGCCUCCAUGGUCAACCUCACUGCGGGUGAUCCAGCAGAGACAGAUUACACAGCAGUUGGCUGUGCCGUUACUACAAUCUCCUCCAACCUAACAGAGAUGUCAAAGGGUGUUAAACUUCUGGCAGCACUUAUGGAGGAUGAAGGAGGAAAUGGACAGCAUCUGCUUGGUGCUGCCAAGAACCUGGCCUGUGCUGUCUCUGAAAUGCUAAAGACUGCCCAACCUGCAAACACAGAGCCUCGUCAGAAUCUGCUGCAGGCUGCUGGAAAUGUGGGCCAAGCCAGCGGAGAGCUGCUUUCUCACAUAGGCGAGGCAGACACUGAUCAACAGUUCCAGGACAUGCUGAUGCAGUUGGCUAAAGCUGUGGCUAAUGCUGCAGCAGCUCUGGUGCUCAAAGCAAAGAAUGUGGCCCAGAAGACAGAAGACUCAGCCCAGCAGAACCGGGUCAUCGCAGCAGCAACUCAAUGCGCUUUGUCCACAUCUCAGCUAGUAGCUUGCACCAGAGUGGUGGCUCCAACAAUCAGCUCUCCAGUGUGCCAGGAGCAGCUAAUUGAGGCGGGCAAGCUGGUGGCUAAGUCAGUAGAGGGCUGUGUUGAGGCAUCACAGGGAGCGACCAGUGAUGAGGGUCUCCUGAAACAGGUGGGCAUGGCUGCCACAGGUGUCACACAGGCUCUUAAUGAGCUCCUUCAACACAUCAAACAAUAUGCCAGUGGAGGCCAUCCCAUUGGACGUCAUGGAGAAGCCACUGACCGCAUUUUGGAUGUCACUGAGAACAUCUUUAGCUCUAUGGGAGAUGCUGGUGAGAUGGUCCGUCAGGCUCGUAUCCUUGCUCAAGCCACGUCUGAUCUGGUCAACGCUAUCAAGAUGGAUGCAGAGGGAGAGUCUGACCUAGAGAACUCACGCAAGCUUCUUUCUGCUGCCAAGCUGCUGGCUGAUGCCACAGCCAAGAUGGUGGAAGCUGCUAAGGGUGCAGCAGCAAAUCCCGACAGUGAGGAACAGCAACAGAAAUUACGAGAGGCGGCUGAAGGUCUCCGCAUGGCCACCAACGCUGCGGCGCAGAAUGCUAUCAAGAAACGCCUAGUCAACAAACUGGAGAAUGCAGCCAAACAAGCAGCAGCAGCAGCCACUCAGACCAUUGCUGCUGCACAACAUGCAGCCUCAACCAACAAGAACCAGGCUGCCCAGCAGCAGCUUGUUGUGGGCUGCAAGGCUGUCGCAGAGCAGAUCCCUCAGCUGGUUCAGGGAGUCAGAGGCAGCCAGUCUCAGCCUGACAGCCCAAGUGCACAGCUGGCUCUCAUUAGUGCCAGCCAGAACUUCCUGCAGCCUGGUGCUAAGAUGGUUACAGCCUCCAAAGCUGCUGUUCCCACCAUCAGUGACCAGGCUUCAGCUAUGCAGCUCAGCCAGUGUGCCAAAAACCUGGCCAGUGCCUUGGCAGAGCUCCGCACUGCCUCACAAAAGGCUCAGGAAGCUUGUGGACCACUGGAAAUAGACAAUGCUCUGUCAAUGGUGAGAGAUUUGGAAAAGGAGAUCCAAGAGGCCAAGGCAUCAGCAGAAGAAGGCAAACUUAAACCACUGCCAGGAGAGACGCUUGAGAAAUGCUCCCAGGAUCUGGGUAACAGCACCAAGGCUGUGAGCUCAGCCAUAGCCCAGCUGCUGAGUGAAGCCACCCAGGGAAAUGAGAACUACACUGGUAUGGCAGCCAGAGAUGUGGCUCAGGCUCUAAAGUCACUAGCUUCGGCUGCCAGAGGAGUCGCUGCUACCACAGAUGACUCAGCAGCACGUAGUGCCAUACUGGACUGUGCUGGGGAUGUCAUGGACAAGUCAUCCAACCUUAUUGAAGAGACCAAGAGGGCGAUUGCUAAACCAGGAGAUGCAGAGAGUCAGCAGAGACUGGCCCAGGUGGCUAAGGCGGUUUCCCAGGCCUUGAACAGAUGUGUGAACUGCCUUCCUGGCCAGAGGGAUGUGGACAACGCCAUCCGCACUGUGGGCGAAGCUAGCAAGUCUCUCCUGGCUGAUUCUUUCCCAUCUAGUGGAAAGAGCUUCCAGGAGGUUCAAGCUCAUCUCAACGAGGUUGCAGCUGGUCUAAAUCAAUCAGCCAAUGAAGUGGUCCAGUCAUCCAGAGGAACCACCCAGGACCUGGCCAGGGCCACUAGCAAAUUUGGACAGGAAUUUAGCAACUUCCUAGAGGCUGGUGUUGACAUGGCUGGAACAUCUCAGUCUAAGGAGGACCAGACCCAGGUGGUGUCUAACCUGAAGACAAUCUCAAUGUCAUCAAGCAAGCUGCUUUUAGCAGCUAAAGCUCUGUCCACUGAUCCUAGCUCGCCCAACCUCAAGAACCAGCUGGCAGCAGCUGCCCGGGCCGUUACAGACACUAUCAACCAGCUCAUCACCAUGUGCACUCAGCAGGCUCCAGGUCAGAAGGAGUGUGAUAAUGCUCUCAGAGAGCUUGAGUCAGUGAAGGGGAUGCUGGAGAACCCGACAGAAGCGAUCAGUGAGCUGUCAUACUUUGACUGCAUUGACAGUGUCAUGGAGAACUCCAAGGUCCUUGGUGAGUCCAUGGCUGGUAUUUCUCAUAAUGCCAAAAACUCCAACCUGCCAGAGUUUGGUGACUCAGUCAGUACUGGCUCCAGAGCUCUUUGUGGUCUCACUGAAGCAGCUGCACAGGCUGCCUAUUUACUGGGUGUAUCAGACCCCAACAGCACAGCAGGUCAGAAGGGCCUGGUAGACCCUGCUCAGUUUGCCCGAGCUAAUCAGUCUAUUCAGAUGGCCUGUCAGAACCUGGUGGACCCAGCUUGUACUCAAUCCCAGGUGCUGUCCGCAGCAACCAUAGUGGCCAAGCACACCUCUGCGCUCUGUAAUGCCUGCAGAUUGGCCUCCUCUAAAACUCCUAACCCUGUUGCCAAGAGGCAGUUUGUCCAGUCAGCCAAAGAAGUGGCCAACACCACUGCCAACUUGGUCAAAUCCAUAAAGGCUUUGGAUGGAGCCUUUAACCAGGAGAACAGAGAAAAGUGUAAAGCUGCCACUGGUCCUCUAAUAGAAGCUGUGGACAACCUGACUGCUUUUGCCUCCAAUCCUGAAUUCGCCAGCAUUCCUGCUCAGAUCAGCCCUGAGGGUCAUGCAGCUAUGGAGCCCAUUGUGGCAGCAGCUAAGACGAUGCUGGAAAGCUCCACUGGCCUGAUCCAGACUGCACGUUCUUUGGCUGUCAACCCCAAAGACCCGCCCAAGUGGUCCGUGCUUGCUGGACACUCCAGAACUGUGUCUGACUCCAUCAAGAAACUCAUCACCAACAUGAGAGAAAAAGCUCCUGGCCAGAGAGAAUGUGAUGAUGCUAUUGAGGCACUAAACGGCUGCAUCCGUGAAGUUGAUCAGGCCUCUCUGGCAGCCAUAAGCCAGCAACUAACACCACGAGAGGACAUCUCAAUGGAGACUCUCCAUGAGCAGAUGGCUGCCUCAGUCCAUGAGAUUAGUAACUUGAUUGAUCCCGUGGCUGUAGCUGCUCGAUCUGAGGCCUCCCAGCUGGGACACAAGGUCUCUCAGAUGGCCAGUUACUUUGAGCCCCUGAUCAUGGGAGCCAUUGGCACAGCAUCCAAGAUCCUCAAUAGUCAACAACAGAUGGCUGUUUUAGACCAAACCAAAACUCUGACUGAGUCAGCCCUGCAGAUGCUCUACACUGCUAAGGAGGCUGGAGGCAAUCCCAAGGCAGCCCACAUGCACGAGGCCUUGGAAGAGUCCGUGCAGAUGAUGAAAGAAGCAGUAGAUGACUUGGGUGCCACGCUGUCUGAAGCGGCCAGUGCAGCUGGUGCAGUCGGUGGUAUGGUGGACUCCAUCAAUGAUUCCAUCAAUAAAAUGGAAGAUACACAAGUGCAAGAACCUGAAGGCACCUUUGUGGACUACCAGACUACCAUGGUUAAGACAGCCAAGGCCAUUGCUGUGACUGUGCAAGAGAUGGUGACCAAGUCUAACACCAACCCAGAUGACCUUGGAGGAUUAGCUAACCAGCUGACCAAUGAGUUUGGAAAUCUGGCCAACGAAGCCAAAUAUGCAGCCGUUACUGCAGAGAAUGAUGAAAUUGGUUCUCAUAUUAAGAAGCAGGUGGGUGAGUUGGGUUUCACCUGCACAAGUCUGGUGACAAAAGCUGGAGCUCUUCAGUGCAGCCCUAAUGACACCUUUACUAAGAAAGAGCUGAUUGAAAGUGCACGGAAAGUCUCUGAGAAGGUCUCCCAUGUGUUAGCAUCUCUGCAGGCAGGUAACCGUGGCACCCAGGCCUGCAUCACUGCUGCCAGUGCAGUGUCUGGAAUUAUUGCAGACCUUGACACCACCAUUAUGUUUGCAACUGCUGGAACUUUGAACCGUGAAAAUGCAGAAACCUUCGCUGACCACAGGGAAUGCAUCCUAAAGACAGCCAAGGCUCUGGUGGAGGACACCAAGUUGCUGGUGGCUGGUGCUGGGGCCAGUCAGGAAAGGCUGGCCCAGGCAGCUCAGUCCUCAGUGUCCACCAUUACCAAACUGGCAGAUGUGGUAAAACUGGGGGCAGCCAGCUUGGGUUCCGAAGACCCAGAGACCCAGGUGGUGUUGAUCAAUGCAGUGAAGGAUGUGGCCAAAGCCCUAGGAAACCUCAUCAGCGCCACAAAGGCAGCUGCAGGCAAGCCUCACGAUGACCCCAGCAUGCUGCAGCUUAAAAAUUCUGCUAAGGUGAUGGUGACCAAUGUAACAUCGCUCCUGAAGACUGUAAAGGCUGUGGAAGAUGAAGCCACCAAGGGGACCAGAGCUUUGGAGGCCACUAUUGAACACAUCAAACAGGAAUUGGCUGUAUUCAACAGUGCUGAUCCUCCAGCAAAGACCACCACACCAGAAGAGUUCAUCCGCAUGACUAAAGGAAUCACAAUGGCAACAGCAAAGGCAGUGGCUGCUGGGAACUCUUGUCGUCAGGAAGACAUCAUUGCCACAGCUAACCUUAGCAGAAGGGCAAUUGCUGAGAUGCUGCACUCCUGCAAGCAAGCUGCCUACCACCCAGAGGUCAGCAAAGACGUGCAAAUGAGAGCUCUGCGCUAUGGCAAUGAAUGUGCUUCUGGAUAUCUGGGAUUGCUGGAGCAUGUAUUGGUGAUCAUCAUGAAGCCAUCUCACGAUCUGAAGCAGCAGUUGGCCAGUUACUCCAAGCAGGUGGCAGGCUCCGUCACUGAGCUUAUCCAGGCUGCUGAGGCCAUGAAAGGCACAGAGUGGGUGGACCCUGAGGAUCCCACUGUCAUUGCAGAGAAUGAACUGCUGGGAGCAGCAGCAGCUAUUGAAGCUGCUGCCAAGAAACUGGAGCAGCUGAGGCCGAGGACUAAGCCCAAGGAGGCUGAUGAGAGCUUGAACUUUGAGGAGCAGAUUCUAGAGGCAGCCAAGUCUAUUGCAGCUGCCACCAGUGCUCUGGUAAAAGCUGCUUCAGCAGCACAGAGGGAGCUGGUGGCUCAAGGGAAGGUGGGGGCAAUCCCAGCUAACGCAGUAGAUGAUGGACAGUGGUCUCAGGGGCUCAUUUCAGCUGCUCGAAUGGUCGCUGCAGCAACGAACAACCUGUGUGAGGCAGCAAACUCUGCAGUACAGGGACAUGCCAGUGAGGAGAAGCUCAUCUCAUCAGCAAAGCAGGUGGCAGCCUCCACCGCUCAGCUGCUGGUGGCCUGCAAGGUCAAGGCUGACCAGGACUCACAGACCAUGAAGAGGCUCCAGGCUGCUGGAAAUGCUGUGAAAAGAGCCUCUGAUAAUCUGGUGAAAGCAGCACAAAAAGCAGCAUUUGAAGAACAAGAUGACCAGGCUGUGGUGGUCAAGAGUAAGAUGGUGGGAGGUAUUGCUCAGAUCAUUGCCGCUCAGGAGGAGAUGCUACGGAAAGAAAGGGAACUGGAUGAAGCCCGGAAGAAGUUGGCCAUGAUCAGACAGCAGCAGUACAAAUUCCUUCCGUCAGAACUGCGGGAGGAUGGCCAGGAACAGUGAGAGAAUAAGUGUGCGUGUGUAGCAACAUGCAGUGUCAUCUUUGGAAUGAUAAGGACCUGUUCUCAGCUCAAUUUUAAGUGGAGAAAACUAUAACAUAUAACUAUAACUGUAACAUUAAACAAUCUGACUUCAGUUCCACAGCAAACUGUUUCAUAUUUAGUUUCAAAAGUUAACAAUGACGUUCGUAACGCUGAUUAAGGUAUCUGUACUUUUGAUUAUAUGGUUACACACCUAUCAGUAUCUUUUUCUCUAUUUUGAAUUUUUUUUUCAUCUUUGUGUGCACAUGCUGUGUAAAAUGGCAAUCAUGCCAUUAAAUUAUGCUUGCCUUAACUGUCCUAGAUAUAGAUAUCUUAUAUAGGCAAGCACAAUUAAUGCUUCCAUGACAAUUAUGCAGAAUCUAUGCAAAUUUUAUAUGCCGUGUGUGCGAGCGUGUGUGUGUGCAGGUAUGCGUGUAUGUGUGUUUACAGACAAAGUGCCUUGAUGUAUAAGAGUUCAUUGUGAAAAAGAGAUCUGUGGUUGUAUGACAGUAAUGAUAUUCAAUAUGUUAAUUGACGUACUGGUUAAACUUAAUAUAUAAAAUUAAACAUUUUAAAUCUGAAUUUGGAUAAAAUAAUUAUACAGUGGAAAAAUCAUAGUGUUUUUUUUUUUUUUUUUUAAACUAUGACCUUCAGAAAAUGUUAAAAAUAUAUCCUCCAGUACAUUGGUAUGUUUUUCUGUGUGGGUUUUUGGAUUUAACCAUCUACAGUAUUUAGCCAGAAAUCAGACUAGAGGACUCAUUUGUGUUCAAAUUAUGAAGCCAUAUAUUUAAUUUUUAAAUAUCUGAGAUUGUUGCAAAGAGUCCAGCACUGUCAGGAUUUCUUUAAACAAAUAAAGUGUUUUAAAUUUAUACCUUUAUGUAUUAUGUACCAGGGACAUGGGAUCAGCUGUAAGUUUAUACUUAUAUCCUAAGUUUUUAGUACUUUAUAUUGCUUGAUUAGGAUCUAGUAGAGAAAAAUUAUGAAUAUAUUUUUGCAAUUACACAGUGAAAUAGAGUGUAUUUGCAACAGGAAUAUUUGACAUUAAAUUGACUGUAUUUGGAUGCUUAGUGGUUAUUGACUUCCUCCUAUGAUAUGUUAUCUGUGGGAUUUUUCUAAAGAAUUCCUGUAACUGAAAAGGAAAUGAUCUGAGUUAUAUAUUGGCAUUUUAUAUGGAUGAACACAAAAAUAGAUUAUAAGAUGAUGAUUUAAAUCUGCCCUUACGUUGGCCUUUUGUCUUUUGCAUAUUAUUUGCAUAUUAUUUUUAGGAUAGCUAGAGCAGUAUGCAGUAUAACAUACAAAGCCUUUUUAAAAUUUUGUGCACAUUUUGACUAAUUAUAAUGCUCAUUCACAUUAGUACCGAUGAUGGACACUGUAACUGUGAUUUAUAUUCAAUAAAGACAGUGUUUAAAGAGAUGUUGA